CACAACCAGAUCCGACGUAGACCCGGGAGUGGCACGCAACAUCUCAACUGUGAGGGAACACCCGUAGGCGGCGGGAGAGGGGCGCCGCGGGGAGCGAAUAGAGCCCAGCAACCGGAAGUGUCCUCUGGGAGGUGUCGCACCCGGAAGUGUGGCAAAUCUCCAGCCGCACCCGGAAGUGUGAUGCUGCCGCCGCUCCCGGGAAUUAAUGGUAUCCGGCCAAUUGAGAUACGGGGUUAAAACAGGUGUUUAUGUAUCUUUAUUUCCUAAGGCCCGAUAGAGUCUUCUUUUUCGGAAAGUGUUGCAGGGUGCAAGUGUUUGGUCAUGUUUUUGAAUGUCUGAUCUUGUUAAAAUCCGUGGGGAAACAAGCAGUAGGAGUGUGUCCAAGGAGGCCUGACUCUAUGAAGAAGUUUAAUUUACUGCCCAUCACCCUCGAUUCCCCUCCCCCCAGGGGAUGUGCAGAUGGAGGUCGGAGGAGACACUGCUGCCCCAGCCCCCGGGGGCGCGGAGGACUUGGAGGACACGCGGUUCCCCACUGAGAAAAUUGGAGACGGUGGAGGGGUUCACGCGGGCACGCCGGAUCCCGGAGACGGGCGCCUGGAGGAAACAGGAUCCAAGGACAAGGACCAGCCGCCCAGCCUGUCACCAUUGCCCCAGUCAGAGGCCUCAUCAAGCACCUCUCAGCCCUGGGAUCCUGCAACCUGUGAGAGUAGUCCCAUGGGUAGUCCAGAGAGUAGCUCUGGGGGCCAAGGCGGGGACCCCAGUGAUGAGGACUGGCGCAGUCAGCGGAAGCAUGUGUUUGUGCUGAGCGAAGCUGGCAAGCCCAUCUACUCACGGUACGGUAGUGUGGAGGCACUGUCAGCCACCAUGGGUGUGAUGACAGCCCUGGUGUCCUUUGUGCAGAGUGCAGGAGAUGCCAUCCGUGCCAUCUAUGCUGAGGACCACAAGCUGGUGUUCCUACAGCAGGGCCCUCUGCUGCUGGUGGCGGUGUCCCGGACUCCUCAGUCAGCAGCCCAGCUGCGCGGGGAGCUACUAGCUGUGCACGCACAGAUUGUGAGCACGUUGACUCGUGCCAGCGUGGCCCGCAUCUUCGCACACAAGCAAAACUAUGACCUCCGCCGCCUGCUGGCCGGCUCAGAGCGUACGCUGGACCGACUUUUAGACAGUGUGGAGCAGGACCCGGGUGCCCUGCUCCUGGGCGCGGUGCGCUGCGUGCCCCUCGCCCGCCCGCUACGCGAAGCACUGGGUGCGCUGCUCCGACGCUGCACGGCACCGGGCCUGGCACUGUCGGUGCUGUCGGUUGGCGGUCGACUGGUAACAGCCGCCCAGGAGCGGAAUGUGCUGGCUGAGUGCCGGCUGGAUCCGGCAGACUUGCAACUGCUGCUCGACUGGGUGGGUGCACCGGCUUUUGCGGCAGGCGAGGCAUGGGCACCUGUGUGCCUGCCCCGCUUCAACCCCGAUGGUUUUUUCUAUGCCUACGUGGCCCGUCUGGAUGCCAUGCCUGUCUGUCUGCUGCUGCUUGGCACUCAACGGGAAGCCUUCCAUGCCAUGGCCGCCUGCCGGCGACUGGUCGAAGAUGGGAUGCGUGCCCUUGGUGCCCUGCGUGCCCUUGGGGAGGCUGCCAGCUUCUCUAAUGCCUCCUCAGCCAAUGCUCCUGCCUACAGCGUGCAAGCUGUGGGAGCACCCGGCCUCCGGCACUUCCUCUAUAAGCCACUGGACAUCCCUGACCACCACCGCCAGUUGCCCCAGUUCACCAGCCCCGAGCUAGAAGCCCCAUACAGCAGAGAAGAGGAACGGCAGCGGCUGUCAGACCUGUACCAUCGCCUGCAUGCUCGCCUCCACAGCACCUCCCGACCCCUGCGCCUCAUUUACCAUGUGGCUGAGAAGGAGACGCUGCUGGCCUGGGUGACCUCCAAAUUCGAGCUCUAUACCUGCCUCAGCCCCCUGGUGACCAAGGCGGGUGCCAUCUUGGUAGUGACCAAACUGCUGCGCUGGGUGAGGAAAGAGGAGGACCGGCUCUUCAUUCGUUACCCACCCAAGUACUCCACACCACCAGCCACCUCUACGGACCAAGCUCCCCAUAAUGGCUUGUUCACUGCACUCUGAGAGGCAGAGCUCCCAGACAAGGCAGUGCUGGGAGCAAAAACCUUGGUUUUUACCUUCUGUCUCCAUUCUGGAAAUGUGGGUGGGGGUGUGUCUGUGACUGGUCAUUGUCUCCCUGGACAAUGGGGCAAGAUCUGAGGGCCUGCCGAUAGAAGAGAGAUGGGUGGCAGCAGUCAGGUAAACAAGCUGCUUUCCCAGCCCAGUCAUGCACUUCAGCCUCUGGGGAAAUCCUUGUGCCUCUGUCUGCCUUCCCUCUGCCUCACCUCCUCCAUUUGGAUGAUAUUCCAGCCUCUGUAAGGGGUUGUCCCCUCCAAAUUUGUUUCAGGGAUCUGCCUUCUCAAUGGACUCUCAGCCCUGAGUGUCCAGGACUGGACAAGGUCUCUGGGCUUCUGGAAUUGGGGAUAUGAGGCCAGCCUGUAUCAGGAACCAGCCUGAAAGUAUUUUAAAGACAAAAGUGCACAUAAAAGGCCUAAAACCAAGCCCCACGAGGAUAUUCCUUUGCCCUUCUUGUACUUUUCAUCUUUACCCUGCCAAAAAUGGCCUCCGUCAAUGCUGGCUGCUGUUAAUAUUAAUGAGAAGGUGGUCUCCAGUGUCCACUUAUUUAACCCAGGGCACCUGACUUCUCACAGCGGCUAUGUAGGAGGUGCACUUAAUUUCUGAGGCUCAUUUUACUCACCUGUAAUAUAGAGAUAACUAGCCCUCCCUCAUAAACUUUAAUGAAGAUUUGUAUAUGAAAAGGGACUUUGAACUCCUGAAUACUACUACAUGCACAUUUGUCCCAGGCUUUGACAGCCUGCAUAACACAAGCAACCUGAAGCGAGCCAGACCCCACCCCCUGCUAGGGUUUUAUAUGUUUGUGCACAACCUCACUCCCCAACUAGUCAAUACCCUAGCUCUGCCCUUGUUUAAGUUGGAGUUGCAGCCUCGUGGUUGUACGCAUGUGCGGUGUCAAUCAGUGGCAUAGGGUGUUCUGCGCCUUCGCGAAAGAGACCAGUCUGAUACACCUAACGGCGCAGAUGUAGGCUGCACGCAUGCGCACUGCAGACCCUUUCACCCUCACGUGGUUUUUUUAAACCAAUCAUCGUUGGAAAAUGGCAGGGAAGUUGGAGCUUCUGCAAGUGCAGUCAGAAGAAGCGGUGGAGGAGGCCGAAGGUAGUGAGGGCAAGCGGUCUGCACUUCUUUCCCGAACAGGGCAGAAAGAAAGAUCUGUCUCAUUACAAUAAUGAAAUUAUAUUAGCAAUAGUUUUUUUUUCUUAAGUAAAAUUUUAAGCUGUUUGAUAUUCAAGAAGACAAACCUUUUAACUGUUCAGCAAAGAUAAAUAAUAUACACAUUCUCGUCACCUAGAUUAGCUCUUGUCAGCUUUAUAGAAUAUAUUGUUUAUUUUAAAGUAAACAACGCUUUGUUCAGUAUGCAUCUCUUCAAACUAGUGGAGGGGAGUGUUCUCAAAAAAAUCACCCUGCUGCAGCCGCUCCUAAGAAAAUUAACAGUAAUUCCCUAAUAUUAUUCCACCCCCAGCCCAUAUCACAUUUGCAUGAACCCUUAAUUGAAAGUGAUCUUCCCCACUGACAACUUUUCUCUUGUAUUGACGGGAAGGGUAGUGGGGAAGAUUCGGUCAAAAGACUUAGAAAUUGCAGUCCAGCCAUAAGAAAAAAAAUCCCCCAAAGUAAUAAUCCACUAGCAUGCCACUGGCAUUUUUUGUUAUAGAGUUGUUCAAAGUGUACCAAAGUAGAAAAAAUAGCAUAAUGAACACCCAUGCACCCAUCAGUUUUCAGCUUUCAACAGUUUUCAACUUUCUGUCCUCUUUUUAACUACGUUUUCUGUACACUCUUUAAACUGCCAUAUUAGUACACAGAAUUGCAUCCUACCAGAGCUACCCAUACGACAUCAAAAUAAUGAUUAUUGUUUAUUGUCCUAGGAUGUGAGCUCCACAAGAACAGAGAUCUUUCCCUGCACCUAAUGUAAUGCCUACUUGGCCUAAAGUAUAGGUGCUCAGUUGUGUUUUUUUUUUUUUUUUCAAUGUAUGAAUGAUGAAAUAACAGAGCUCUCUUAGAUUAGAGCCACAUGUUUAGUGCCAGCGUUCCACAAAGGACAGAAAUAAGACAGAUGCAAACAGAUCCUGUUUAUUAAGCAUGUAAUAUAGCUGCCACUAUGAUUUUUUUCUAAAGUUUAGUGUAACCCUUUCAAAUUCCUCAAAAUUGAAGUUAUUAACUUCACCAGCAAAGAAGAAAAUUGAAAAAUGUAUCAAGUUACCGUUUCUAACUCAUCAAAUUGGUUUUAUAUAGGGAGGGAUAUCAUCUGGUAUUGAUGACUGGAGAUAACAGGCCUUCUCUUACCUCGCUAGGAGGGGAACUGACCAGUAAAGGCUUUGCUAGAGGCAGUUUGGUAGAGUAUGUUUCUAAAAUGCUGUCCCAUAUCUUCAGUCACCAUGCUAGGUAACCCUAUGAGAAUACAUAGAUGCAUAGACCAUGAAUGAUCAUUGGAGUGUUGAUGGAAGCAAACUACAAGGAACAAUCACAGAAAUGACUAAAUCUAGGUCUAUCUAUGCACACUAUGGAAUGCCUGUGCUACGGGUUUUUUUUUUUUUUCUUUUAAAAGGGCAGAAAAAAAUUCUAAUUUAAAUUUAAAUUGUAAAUGGAUAAGAGCAUUAUUUAUUGACACAGAAUAAACUUCAAAAGAGAUCACGUUUUGAUUAGAGAAAAACCUAUUUGAAUUGAAAUGAAAAAGAAGCAGGGUAUAGCUUGUGUGUGUUACACAGAAAAAUGUCUGAAGGCUAAAGGCCCAACUGAUAACUCUGGACAGAGGACUUGAAUUUGAGGAGUGGUGCAGAGGUGGAGGUAUCUUUUUUGAUUUGUUGUUUUAUUUUUCUUUUAGAAAAGUUAAUUGUAUAUCAUUUUAAAAUAUAAGGGGGAAAGUUGAAUGGGAUCUGAAGGUCCUAUAUUAAUAUUGAGUCAAUAUUAAUAUCCAGAUGUUGAUAGUUAUACUCUGGUUACCUGGUGGAUUCCCUUUGUGUACAGGAAAUAGACACUGGAAUAUAGUAAGGAGUAAUGGGACAAGUUGUCUGAAACUUAUGGUUCAGAACCACUUGCAAAUGGAGAAUCUGACACAAGAGUAAAUGGAGGCGCUGUGGCAUAUUUCUACAACUUUUGUGUACAUCUGAAAUUACUUCAAAAUAAAAUGUUUAAAAGGGUGCUCGUACUCUACAGGCUGUUUUAUUUUAUAACACAGAAUUUUGAAAAUUUUUAUCAAGAUGUUAGUUAGAUUAUUUGUAAGAUUGACUUAUCACCCACUCUUGGCCUUAUUUAAUGACUAGCACUAGAAAGCAGUGGAGAGGAAAAACCCAGAUGGAGCUUUUGCAAAAAUGGUUCCUAAAGCCAGCUGUGAAAGACACAUGGGACAAUUAGGGAAAACCACACAUGGUCUGGGUAUUGGAUGUAGUAUGUGAUGAGUAUUAAUCUUGUCUAGUGUGAUUAUAGGAUUGGGGUCAUCUAAGAAAAUAUCCUUAAGUAUUUGAGACUCUUAAUGAAGUAUCUGGAAAUAAAAUGUCAAGAAGCCUGGGCCUUGCUUGAAAAUACUUCAACACAGGCAAAACAUAGCUGAAACAAAUAUGGAUGAAUGUUAAUGAUUGUAAGAUCUGGGCAAUGAGUACAUCAGAGGUCAUUAUAGUAUCUUCUCUAAUUUGUGUAUUUGAAAAUGUUCAUAAUAAAAUAUUUUUUUAAAAAAUCA